ACAACGCACACCGCUAGAAAUCCCAUGAUGCCAGUGGUAAAUAACAACAAUGACUCGUCGGGGCUACCAGAUGACAUCAAAGUGAAAAUUGCUUAUAAUGGUGAAGUGUUGAUAUUUUAUAUAAGCAAAAAUAUCACGUACGAAGAGUUGUGUAAGGAGAUUCGCGGCAUUUGCCGUUUUGCACCUGACCAAGUCUUCACAAUGAAAUGGAUUGACGAGGAGAACGAUCCAUGCACCAUCAGCUGUCAAAUGGAGCUUAAUGAAGCGAUUCGUCUCUACGAACAAAAUCACGAUUCUGAACUUUUUAUUCACGUCUUUCCAAACGCUCCAGCAGCUCCAGGUUUGAGUUGCAUUGGUGAAGAUCGAAAUGAUGAGCGUGUCAUCGAGAAAAUUGAUCAAUCGGAAUUCGAAGGCUUCGAAUAUGUGAAUCCACUGCUGAUGUCACUUGAAGACUGCGUUUAA